AUGGAAGACACCGCUUCGAGCUCUACUAUCACCAGCGCCCUGCGCGACAUCCGCCGAGGGCAGUCGCAAUUGACUGCCGCCAUCGAAUCUCUCUCCGACAGACUCGAGUCCAGCAAUUUUGCCACCACCGCUCGUACUGGGCAAGUUGUUCCAGAUGCCAAGCUCCAGGGCUCUGCUUCCCCCGCCCAACAACCGGAUGUCGUGAAUGUCGAACGACAGUCGAAUUUGACUGACACCUCUCCGAAUACUGCCACUGAAGACUUACAGGUCCCCAGGGCAGCUCCUCCGCGGUCGGGCUUUACAUCUCGCAUCAUUCUCACCACUUAUCCCAAGCAGAUUGGCAUUGAUCCGCUCCCGAUGGACUGGGGCAACCCUGACCCUACAAAGCGUGGCCCGGUUGUGGUGGCUAGAUCACCUUCUACCAUAGGACGCCGAAACGGUUGGUUCAGGAAGAUACUUUGUCAAGGCGUAUGA